ACAUGUUUAAGUAUAUUGAUACCGUAUGUAUUCUAUGUCUACAUUUGCAUACAAAAAUGCAAAUAUUAUAAGUUAUUGUAGAAAAAGAAAGCUAUAACGUACUGUUUAAAUAAAUCCCAGUUAUGUAAAUAAAAAUUUAUGAAUAAAAACCAUUUUAGAAGGACAAAAAUAAUAACGGAAGGUUGAGUACUUCAUUCUUUGUUUUCAUUUUUACAUUGUUUGGACUUCCAUCAUGAAGCAGAAUUCAUUUCAUAAGCAGCGAACCAAAAAGGAGUAUCCACUGGGGAGAAAACCCCCUCUUCACACCCCCAAGUUAUGAGCUAAUCAGGAGAAACACAAAUCUGGCAGGGAAGGGCAGGAAGGAGGUCUUUCCACAUCUUCUUUUGGGGUCACACUUGCAGGGCAUCCACCCUGAUGUUCUUUCUAAGGACAGUGUUUCCUCAAAGUCCACCCAUCUGCCUCAGAAUUACCUGGAGCCCUAAUCUCAUGAAUGAGCAUUUCUGGAGGUAGAGCAUCUUUAAUAAGCUCCCAGGUGAUUAUGCUGAACAUCAAAGUUUAGGGACCACUGCCCUAGGGCAUCUGUCCUGGAGGGAGUAAGAAGAAGACUGAGCAAUUAAGAUGAGUUUAAUGCAGGUCUCUUACCAAGAACCUGUUGCUUUGUCCCUUGGGUCCUUUCCCUGGUAGAUAGAGAGGAGUCUUCCCAUCUACAUUUCUGAAGCUGGUGAAUUGAGAAGCCUGAACCCCAGGCUUUUUGUGCUGUUUCCCUCUGAUAUCAGUGAGAGGUUUAAGAUGCAGAAAACCGGUUCCUGGGUGUCCCGCUGAGAAGUUGAAAGACUAGUCCCUACUCCAGGAGGCUAGAUGACUUCAGCAUAACGUUCAGAGCAGAACUGGGUCCUUUGUCAGGAGCAGAUGACAGAGGAGGUCCAUGAGGAGGGACAACCAGAGCAGCGUGUCCGAGUUCCUCCUCCUGGGGCUGCCCAUCCGGCCAGAGCACCAGGGCGUGUUCUUCACCCUGUUCCUGGGCAUGUACCUGACCACACUGCUGGGCAACCUGCUCAUCAUCCUACUCAUCAGGCUGGACUCCCACCUGCACACGCCCAUGUACUUCUUCCUCAGCCACUUGGCCCUCACUGACAUCUCUUUCUCAUCUGUCACUGUCCCUAAGAUGUUAAUGAGCAUGCAAACUCAGGAUCAAUCCAUUCCCUAUGCAGAGUGCAUAGCACAGAUGUAUUUUUUCAUAUUUUUUACAGACCUGGACAGCUUCCUUCUCACUUCAAUGGCAUAUGACAGGUACGUGGCCAUCUGUCACCCCCUCCACUACAUGACCAUCAUGAGAGAGGCACUCUGUACCUCACUAGUGGCUGUGUCCUGGAUCCUGUCCUGUGCCAGUGCCCUGUCCCACACCCUUCUCCUGGCCCAGCUGUCCUUCUGUGCUAACAACACUGUUCCCCAUUUCUUCUGUGACCUUGGUGCGCUGCUCAAGCUGUCCUGCUCAGACACUUCCCUCAAUGAGCUGGUCAUUUUCACAGUAGGAGUGGCUGUCAUUACUCUUCCACUAAUAUGCAUCUUGAUCUCUUAUGUCCACAUUGGGGCCACCAUCCUGAAGGUUCCAUCUACCAAGAGCAUCUGCAAAGCCUUGUCCACAUGUGGCUCCCACCUCUCAGUGGUAUCUCUUUAUUAUGGAACAAUUAUUUGGCUCUAUUUUUUCCCUUCAUCCAGCACCUCCAGUAAAAAAACCAUAAUUGGCUCUGUGAUGUACACAGUGGUCACUCCACUGCUAAACCCUUUCAUUUAUAGCCUAAGAAACAGGGACAUGAAGGGGGCCCUGGAGAAACUCCUCAACAGGCAACAGUUUUGUCUCAACAACAUUUGCUCAUCUCUAUAACAGACACAUUUAUUCCCAGAGCCAGCCCCCUAAACUUGAGCCCCACAGUCUUCAGCCCUGCAUGGAAUAGUGCUUGGUAAGUUAUUGAUAAGUCAAAUUACAUUCUGGUACAGGUAUUCUCUCUUUUCCUUGCAAUUCUUUAGUAUAAAUCAUGAGAUCUAACUUGAUAUUAUUGAUCAUGACUCUUGUCCAUUAUAGUGAGAAACUCAUAGCUAGUAGAAUUGACGUCUUUUCUCUCUUAUUUC